CUCUCGUUCAGUCCGCGGGCCGCGCCGCCCGCUCCCGCCGCUUCGGCAGCCACCCCGCCGCCCAGCAGCCCGGAGCCCCGCGCCCUGUCCGGCUGUCCCCGGGACCCGCCCUGACCGCCCAGCUCGGCCGCCCGGGAAGAUGCGACUGCUCGCGGAAUGGCUCCUCUUGCUCUUUGGCCCUUGGCUUCUUAGGAAGGUCGUCAGUGCCCAGAUACCAGAGUCGGGAAGGCCGCAGUACCUGGAGCUGCGCCCAGCUACUCCAGGAGGGGGUGCCCCUGGCCAACAGCUCCCUGCGUCCAGGUCUUCUGACGGCCUGGGGCUGGCCGGCGCCUGGAGCUGGGCCUGGCCGGCUAACCACACGGGGGCGCUGACCCAGGCGGGGGUGGCCGGGGCGCUGCCGGCUCAGCGCACUAAGAGGAAGCCGUCCAUCAAAGCCGCACGAGCCAAAAAGAUCUUCGGCUGGGGGGACUUCUACUUUAGAGUGCAUACCCUCAAGUUCUCGCUGCUGGUGACCGGCAAGAUCGUGGACCAUGUGAAUGGUACCUUCAGUGUGUAUUUCCGCCACAACUCCUCCAGUCUGGGCAACCUCAGUGUCAGUAUUGUGCCACCUUCUAAGCGUGUGGAGUUCGGGGGCGUCUGGCUGCCUGGGCCUGCCCCCCACCCACUACAGUCUACGCUGGCCCUGGAGGGGGUGCUUCCUGGGCUGGGGCCCCCUUUAGGGAUGGCGGCAGCUGCGGGACCGGGGCUUGGGGGCACCCUUGGGGGCGCACUGGCAGGUUCACUAGGCAGCGCUCUGGGAGUGCCCGGGGCCAAAGAAUCACGCGCUUUCAAUUGCCACGUGGAGUAUGAGAAGACAAACCGCGCUCGUAAGCACCGCCCGUGCCUGUACGACCCGUCGCAGGUGUGCUUCACUGAGCACACGCAGAGCCAGGCCGCCUGGCUCUGUGCCAAGCCCUUCAAAGUCAUCUGUAUCUUCGUCUCCUUCCUCAGCUUUGACUACAAACUGGUGCAGAAGGUAUGCCCAGACUAUAACUUCCAAAGUGAACACCCUUACUUUGGAUAGCUCCCCUGGCCCGGCCCUGAGCAUCCCGCCAAAUCCCAGCCUCUGUAAGUGGGACUCCUCCCGAUAUCCCUCCGCUCCUGUGGUCUCCUCCACUCCUGCUGCGGAGUGCGGCGGAAGGGGACAGCCCUCAUCAGCCAGUGUUUCCCUUGUCCUUAUGGGGAGUGCCCAUGAGGCUGUAACCCCCUCAGAUACACCCUAACGUGGAGAGAUAAGGGCGCAGCCCUAGAAUGGGCGGGGUUUGGAGGUGGUACCAGGGUCCUCUUAGUCCACACCGGAUCCCCUUUUUGCUUCUGGCGCUGGGCUGGGCACUCCCCUUGCCCGUAGCUUUAAUAACACCUGGCCUGGCACCCUUAUCCCACCCAGACAUUCUGGCCCCCAAGCGCUUGUUCUCCUGUGCCCCUGGUAAAGACUAAAGGUCUAUUAAACCCCUGGCCUAUCCUUAUCCCUCUCUGCCUGCCGUUUGCCUGUCCCUUUUUCCUCCCAACCUCGCAGAAGCAGAACUCCUAAGCAGGGGCACUCAGCCCGGCCUCUGCCCUCUGCUUGCUUCCCUCUUGUCGGUGCAGUGCAGUUCCACCUGCCCUCUCUGGCUGCUUCCUCUCGGUGAUAUUUUUUUUCUACGCCAAAACAGACGGGAAAGGGAACAAAAUAAAGUGAAAUCCAAUACG